GCCUGUCCUUCGAGUGAGACGGGGCCCGAGGGGUUCUGAGCAGGAGUAACUAGAUCCGUCUUAGGUUUUAAAGAAAUCCCUCCUGCAGAAUGGAGAAGGCAAGACAGAGACCAGAGGGGAGGCUAUUGCAAGAAUCUAGGUGGAAGGUGACAGUUGCACAGGCCAGAGGAGGGUGGCAAAGAAGGUGGUGAGAAGCAGUCAGGUUGUGGAUCUAUUUUGAAGGUGAAGCCAACAGGAUUUGCUGAGAGAUUGGACGUGGGGUGUGGGAGAAAGAGGAGUCAAGGAUGAUCUCAAGGCUUUGGGCCUGAGCCAAAGGAAGGAUGAACUACCCCAUAUUGACUUUCCUCUCAUGAGAAGGGGGAUAAUUCUAUGCACUUCACAGACGUGGACCCUGAAAGAAUGACCUUCCAGGCAGAUAGCAAGCUCUUCAAAAGCCCGGGGUCUCAGGGGGACGGGCCAUGUCUGCAGGGCCAGCCCUGGCACCGUGAGGUGGUUAGAAAAGCUGCCCUGGUCCCCACCCCCGACCCAGAUGAUGUGCUCAGAAGACUAAGGAACAUUUGCCUCAUGCUUUGCAGCUGACAAAGCACAUUUGCAAACACUGAGUGCUAUGAUACAAUAGCCCAGCUGAGCUGAAAGGCCCUGACAUACUACCCCAUUUUGUAGAUAAGAAAAACGGAGACCCAGAGAGGGUCAGUGACUUCCCAGCAGUCACACAGCACAUCAGUGGCAGAGCACUGAGGGCCAGAACCGCUCCUCCACGUCCCGUCCCCCAGCUCAAACUUCUGCCAAGAGUGCAGUGGGUGUUCACGGGUUAAUCUGACAACCAGCUCCCCGGGGACCGGCCUGGAUGAUGGGCUUAGUGCACAUGCCUCCAGAGGCCUCCAAGAGGAGCGGGAGGAGGACCCUGGCCAGGCCCACGCAGCAGACUCCGGGGGCAGGGAGGGCUCCACACAUGUGACGCCUGUGUCACAUACACAUGUAUGUGUCAUUGUGAACCUCACGCCCAUGCAUGGCCUCUCACCAGUCCCCUCCCAGCCAGCCCUGCUCACCCUGAGUGCAGCCUAGCCCCCGCCUGGCCCCCUCCCCCAUGCACCCUGCCCUCUUGCAGCAGGAGCCCAGAGAAGCAUUUCCUGUUUGGGGGCUGCCUCCUCCCCCUCUAAGCCCAGGUUCCCAGGGCCCCAGGCUGAGCAGAGGUGAAGGGAGGGCAGCCCCCCUCCCCGCCCCCCUCCUUCCCUCCACACACCAGCUGGAGCCAGGAAGCUGAGGAGUGGGGGGAGGUUGAGGCAGGAGUUUAGUACAUAAAUGAGGGUUUGAUGAUGCCCAUGCCCGCGUGAUCAAGGUGGUUUCCAUUCAGGGCCUGCACACGAAUGUGAAGGAUGUCAUGCGUGAGGACAUGUAGAAUGCCACGCCACUUAAGUAUGUGCGUCUAAGGGGGUGCGCGUGUGCAGAGCUGGGAUGAGGGGAUGGUGCCGAGAGAGGGCUCCUGUGUGGGGAGAGGAACGUACGCACGUGUGUGGUGUGAGGGGCGUGAGUCAGAGCGACUUUCCACAUGUAUGAUGAGCAGCUGGGCCCAGAGACAGUUCGCAAGUGCAAUGAGGUCGGUGUGUCCACAGCGGAUCUCGGCGAGUCUCUGGGAAGGGACCUCAGCUCACCACCAAGAGCCCCAGACGGCGCUGGGGUUUUCUGAGGGUCUUUCGGCCCGCUGGGCAGGCAUCUCCCCCUCUCCUCGACUCCCAGUCCGCGAGCUGCACCUCCCCCCGCCCCCACCCUCCAGCACCCCCCACCUCUGCCCCCCGCCCGACCGCUUCCUGCUCGGGCGGCCCCGAGGGAGCGGGAGCAGGGAGCUGGCAGCGGCCCCAGCCCACUCCUUACAAGGCCUGAGCCCGGCCCAGGACCGCCCCUGGCCCGCCCGCCAGAGGCCCCGGUCCCACCCCCUGUCAAGAGCGGCCGCGGGGCCGGGGCUCGGGCCAGUCGGGGGGCGUCGCGAUGCUGCUGCGCCUGCUGCUGGCCUGGGCGGCCGCGGUGCCCACGCUGGGCCAGGCCCCCUGGGCGGCCGAGCCCCGGGCCAUCUGUGGCCCCGGCAGCUGCUACGCGCUCUUCCCGCGGCGCCGCACCUUCCUGGAGGCCUGGCGGGCCUGCCGCGAGCUGGGGGGCGACCUGGCCACGCCGCGGACCCCCGAGGAGGCCCAGCGUGUGGACAGCCUGGUGGGGCCCGGCCCGGCCAGCCGGCUGCUGUGGAUCGGCCUGCAGCGGCAGGCCCGGCAGUGCCAACCGCAGCGCCCGCUGCGUGGCUUCACGUGGACCACGGGAGACCAGGACACGGCCUUCACCAACUGGGCCCAACCGGCCACAGGGGGGCCCUGCCCGGCCCAGCGCUGCGUGGCCCUUGAGGCCAGUGGAGAGCAUCGCUGGCUCGAGGGCUCGUGCACGCUGGCCGUCGAUGGCUACCUGUGCCAGUUCGGCUUCGAGGGCUCCUGCCCCGCGUUGCCAGAUGAGGCGGGCCAGGCGGGCCCUGCGGUCUACACCACGCCCUUCCACCUGGUCUCCACCGACUUUGAGUGGCUGCCCUUCGGCUCCGUAGCUGCUGUGCCCUGCCAGGCUGGCAGAGAGGCCUCCCUGCUGUGCGUGAAGCAGCCCGAGGGCCGCGUGGGCUGGUCUCGGGCCGGGCCCUUGUGCCCAGGGACCGGCUGCGGCCCGGACGAUGGGGGCUGCGAGCACGAGUGUGUGGAGGAGGUGGAUGGUCGCGUGUCCUGCCGCUGCGCCGAGGGCUUCCGGCUGGCAGCCGAUGGGCGAAGCUGCGAGGACCCCUGUGCCCACGCCCCGUGUGAGCAGCAGUGUGAGCCCGGUGGGCCGCAGGGCUACAGCUGCCACUGUCGCCUGGGUUUCCGGCCGGCCGAGGAUGAGCCGCACCGCUGCGUGGACACGGACGAGUGCCAGAUCGCCGGCGUGUGCCAGCAGAUGUGCGUCAACUACGUUGGUGGCUUCGAGUGCUACUGCAGCGAGGGCCACGAGCUUGAGGCCGAUGGCAUCAGCUGCAGCCCUGCGGGGGCCACGGGCGCUCGGGCUUCCCAGGACCUAGGGGACGAGUUGCUGGACGACGGGGAGGACGAAGAGGAUGAACACGAGGCCUGGGAGACCUUUGAUGGUGGCUGGACAGAGGUGCCUGGGAUCCCAUGGAUGGAGGCCACGCAGCCACCUGACUUCGGCCUGGCCUACAGACCUAGUUUCCCAGAGGAGGGAGAGCAUCGGAUGCCCUACCUGGACCCCACCUGGCCACCCCCACUGAGUGCCCCCAGAGGCCCCUACCACUCCUCGGUGCUCUCCGUCACCCGGCCUGUGUUGGUCUCUGCCACACGCCCCACACUGCCUUCUGCCCACCGACCCCCUGUCAUCUCUGCCACCCGCCCGCCCCUGGCCCCUCAGCCCCCCAUGAUCCCUGCCAGGCACCCAGCUUUGCCUCCUGACCACCAGUUCCCCAUGAUCUCAGCCAGCCGUCCAGAUCUGCCCUCUGCCUACCAGCCCCCUAUUAUCUCUGCCACUCACCCAGCACGACCCCCUGCCCACCGGCCCCCCAUUAUCUCAGCCAGAUACCCUGAACUGUCCCCUGCCCACCAGUCCCCUGUGUUUCCGGACACCCAUGUCACUGACACUCAGACCACCACUCAUUUGCCUCAAAUCCUUGCCAGCCACACCCCUCUGGUCACGACUUCCAACGCCCAUCAAUCCCUUGUCUCCCCAGAUGUCCCAGUCCUUAAAGCCCAGGCCACUCACCUUCCCAUUGCCUCGACGGUCCAGCCCCCUCUGACCACUACCUCCAGAUCCCCUGUGCCCCCUGCCCAUCAAGUUCCUGUACCUGCUGCCACCCGGCCCCCGGCCCUCCGCACUACCCUCACCUCAGAGCCCCCUCAGCAUCCCCCUAACCAGACUUCACUCACCAGCCCUACACGCCCCCACUCCAAACCCCCACAAGUCCCAAGGGAAGGUGCCCAUGACCGCAAGCUGGCCCCAUGGCUGCCCUCAGCAGCCCCCACAGCAGCCCUGACAGCCCCGGGGGAGGCCAGUCUGGCAGGCCACAGCCGGAGGGAUGACCGGUGGCUGCUGGUGGCUCUCCUCGUUCCAACGUGCGUCUUCUUGGUGGUCCUACUCGCACUGGGCAUCGUGUACUGCACCCGCUGCGGCCCCCACGCACCCAACAAGCGAGUUACCGACUGCUAUCGCUGGGUCACCCACGCUGGGAGCAAGGGCCCAACAGAACCAGUGCCCCACCGGGGCAGCCUCACGGGGGUGCAGACCUGCAGAACCAGCGUGUGAUGGGGCGCAGCCCCCCCUCUGCGGGGUGGGGGGAAGGGGCGUGCGUUGGACACAUGGCCCAGGCUGCACCAGGGACUCAUGGGAGCUGCCCAGCUGGACAGAGGGCUUCCUGCCCCCACCCCGGACCCAGCCAGGCUCCUCUGUCAGUCAGCUACCAGACUUGACUCUUGGGGACUCUGCUCCCUGGCCCAGCACUCAAGACUGAGGAGACGCCGAGGCCCCCAGGACCUCAGGGGGUGGGUGCUGGGGUCUUCUCCAAUAAAUGGGGUGCCAACCUCACCCAAA